AGAAGCUUGGGCCGCGCGCGGGGCGGGAACCGGCCCGGAACCGUCGUGCUGUCGUCAUGGAAACGCGCCGAACUACAACUCCCGGCGGCCCCUUUGCUUCCGGUCGGCAAGAUGGUGGCGCGCAGGAGGAAGCCGGCGGCUCCUGGUGGCACGGGGGCGAUCCUGAGCCCGCCGGGCUACUCAGCCAUCCCAAUCAAGUUCUCGGAAAAGCAGCGGGCCUUUCACUGCCUCUAUGUGCGAGAACACAAAAUCCGGGCAGGCGCCCAGUCGGCCUGGCCGGAGAGGCGCACCCUGUUUGUUCUCAACGUUCCCCCAUAUUGCACGGAGGAGCACCUGAGCCGCCUCCUGUGGCCCUGUGGCCCUGUGCAGUCUGUGCAUCUGCGGGCGAAGCCCGACCUCGCCGAGGGCCCAGAGGAGCCCGGAUCCAAGUUCUUCCACCCGAAGCCUGUGCCCGGCUUCCAGGUGGCCUACGUGGUGUUCCAGAAGCCGAAGGCGAUGCUGGCCGCCCUGACACUCACUGGCCCUUUGCUUGUCUCCACGGAGAGUGAACCCGUGAAGACUGGCGUCCACAAGUGGAUAGCUGACUAUACAGACUCUGUGGUCGACCCGGAGGCCCUGCGUGUGGAGGUGGACAAGUUCAUGGAAGCAUACGACCGCAAGAUCGCCGAGGAGGAGGCCAAGGCCCAGGAGGAAGAGGGAGUCCCCGAUGAGGAGGGCUGGGUGAAGGUGACACGCCGGGGCCGGAGGCCCGUGCUCCCGCGGACAGAAGCGGCCAGCCUGCGUGUGCUGGAGAGGGAGAGGCGGAAACGUGCUCGCAAGGAGCUGCUCAACUUCUACGCCUGGCAGCACCGCGAGACCAAGAUGGAGCAUCUCGCACAGCUGCGCAAGAAGUUUGAGGAGGACAAGCAGAGGAUUGAGCUGAUGCGGGCCCAGCGCAAGUUCCGACCCUACUGAGUGUGCCAGCACCUGUGCCGGGGACCCCGCUGAGCACACAGGCUGGGAGCGAGGGAGCAGCACACACCAGCUGCUGUGGCUGUCCCAGGGAUUGCCACAGCCCGACCACCAAGACCCCAUCCCUUCCCCACCCUGCCCUACAGCUGUCCAGGAGAAGCCGUCCCACUGGAGAAGCUGUGCUGGCUGUGAGAGCUGCCAGCCCUGAGAACACAGAAUGGUUUUAUUUCUCAUGCAGCCGGGUGGCAGGGGAAGAUUCUGGGACCUUGGGGCUGGAGGACCAGGGAGGCCUGUCCCUGCUGUGGUGGAGCCUGGGCCUGGGAAUAGGGGUGGCCGUCGGUGAGAUGGGGGGCUCAGGUUACAGCUGGGCUUGAGUGUGUGCUCUGUAGAAAGGAGCUGAUGGCGCCGGCCACGCGGUGGGGCUUGUUCAGGUAUACGUAGUGGUUGCCUGGCACCUCCACCAUCUGGAACCGCUGCAGACAUGAGGGUUAUGGUGAAGUGAGGCCAAAGUGGGCCCUGCCUGCUUGAAUCCGGGAGUGUUCUUGUCGUGGGCUCCCCUGAGGCUCAGGCCCCCUGAGAAGCAUGACCCAGGCUGGAGCGGCUCCUGAGAUACCUGGGGGCAAAACAGCUCCGCCUUGGCCCUGACCCAUCGGGCCGCCAGCCAGUGGCCUUCACUGUGGUGAUGUGUGCAGUGGUGGCCAGAUCUUCCCAGAGACCUGGGCCCUGCAGUCUCCUUGCCUCCCUGUGGCUGGUGCCCUGCAGUGGGGCGGGACGAGGCGCUCUGCUGUCUUUUGGGGUCCUGGAAGUCAGGAUCUGUGGGUGGCAGUUGGUCCACUGCCCUAUGCCUGGCACGCGGGGUAUAUGAGGGCAGUAAACCUGGAACAUUCUGCAACAACGGGUCUGUUACCUGACUUCUGAUUAGCAGGUUACCCUUGGCCUCUAGGGAUGACUACCACGGCGCAAGAUGGCCUGCCAGCUCCUGGGGCAGGGGCCUGGAGUGAGAGCUCACCUUGGGUUGGUUUUUUAGGGUGGUCACCAUGAAGAGCGGCUCUCAGGUCGCUGUACCCCUUCAGGGCUCUGGGGAGCCAGGGUCAGAGUUCACCUCCACAGGCUAGGCCUGGGUUGCCCGCUGCUGCCCAUGUCCUCCCUGGCUCUAGGACCCUCCCUCCCCCCCGCCACAUGGCCCUGCAGGAUCAAGGCAGCAGUGGGGCUGGGGAAUAGGGAGGUUCCCCCCUCCCCGUCCUGCUUUGCCAGGCUCCCUUGACAAGCAGGACUAGGACCUGCAGCUUCUGGAUGGCUUGUGUCAACAGCUCCCUACUGACGAAUUUGAUGGUGUGCUACAGCUGUAGGCAGAGAACGGGGGUGAAUCCUUGCCAAGAAGCCCUGGCAGGCCCGAGCCCAUGGUUGCCAGGCCUGCACAGCUGCUCAGCCACUCACCCCAGGGCAGGCUGUCUGUCUCACACCUCUCGUGACCUGGGACUGGCUGAAUGAUGGCCGAGAUGUGACUGGCUGGUCCUGGAGCCCAGUACUGAGCUGUGGCCCCUCCCCGCCCCCUUGCCUUCCUGGGUGCCCAGGCUUCUUCGCAGCCUGGUGCAGGCAAGCAGAGCCACCUGCCUGCUUCACGGGGCUGACUUUGCAGCAAGAAGUGCCUCCCAUCGCAAUCCUAGCCACCUGUCUUCCUGCUUCUUUGAUGAGUCUAAUGGACUGUCCCACACAGUGACCCAGACACUGGAUACCAAAUACGCAGUGUAGCUGUGUGAUCAGGCUGACACUGAAGGUGGACGGCCUCUUGGAUGCCCUGGCUUAAAUAAAACUACAGUUGGUUGUGCCUA